AUGGAAAUAGGUGAAGAGACUGAAACCAUCACAUCUCCCCAGGGCGGUUCCAAAGAGCCUCUUGCAAGCAUGAUGUCAUGGAGCGGCGCCACUAUUAGCCCCGCCCCCGCUCCGCCCACACCCUCCGCUCCGCCCCCGCCCCCCCACACUCUCUCUUCUCUCCCAGGCUCUCUCUUGCACUCUCAUUGGCACGUGGCCUACACGACAGUUGCUGGGCGCCUAGGGCUAACUGGAAUGCUAAAGAAAUUCAUGUGUACUAUAGAAUCAACCCCACAAAAUAUGGAGGAAAAACAAUUCAGAAAACCUACUCAGCGGUUUUGGACCGUAACCAGUUUGCCAGAAGAACUUUCUUCAGUAGAAAUCCAAAAGAUUCUCAGACAUGCUGAAGAUAAAGGAUCUGCACUGUCAGAAGAGGAAACAAUACCACCGUCCAUAUAUAUUCCUUGUCCCCCAAAAGGGACAGUGAAUAAAAUAAUUACAAAUGGAGCUAUCCUUGUUUUGUUUUGGUGUGUCAUAUGGUCAGUCACAGGCCCUGAGGUUCUUCCUGGUGGAAGUUUAUUUGGGCUUUUAAUUAUUUUUUAUUGUGCUAUUCUUGGGGGGAAACUUUUGGAAAUCAUUAGAAUACCUUCGGUGCCUCAACUUCCACCACUUAUUGGAAUGCUACUAGCUGGUUUUAUUCUCAGGAAUAUUCCAAUCUUGAAUCAAUAUAUCUCCAUUAAUAGAACAUGGUCUUCAAGCUUAAGAAAUACUGCUCUUACUAUCAUCCUCAUAAGAGCUGGACUUGGACUUGAUCCACAGGCUUUGAAGCAUCUGAAAGCAGUUUGUUUAAGAUUGUUUAUGGGUCCAUGCCUUUUAGAGUCAUGUUCAGCUGCUGUUUUUUCUCAUUUCAUUAUGAAGCUUCCCUGGGAAUGGUCGUUUCUAUUAGGUUUUGUAAUAGGUGCUGUCUCUCCUGCUGUUGUUGUCCCUUCCAUGCUGCUUUUGCAAGAAGACGGUUAUGGCGUUCAGAAAGGCAUUCCAACCUUACUAAUAGCUGCUAGCAGUUUAGAUGAUAUUCUGGCUAUCACUGGAUUCAGUACAUGCAUGAGCAUAGUCUUCUCCUCAGGUAAUAUACUUCAUACUCUUCUAAUUUCUUUGUUGGAAGUAUUUAUUGGUGUGGUAGUAGGAGCUCUUUUGGGAUUUUUCAUUCGCUAUUUUCCAAGUAGAGACCAGAAAAAACUUCACGGGAAGAGAACAGUUCUAAUUUUGGCUACGUGUGUUACAGCUGUCCUAGGCAGCCAGCGUCUGGGUUUACAUGGAGUUGGAGGAUUGUGCACACUAGUAUUGUCUUUCGUUUCAGGCAUUUAUUGGUCCAGAGAAAAGAUUAGAGUCCAAAAACUUGUUGCAGCUACAUGGAAUAUUUUUCAACCUCUUCUUUUUGGCUUGGUUGGAUCAGAAGUAUCUGUUUCAAAUCUUCCAUCACAAGCUAUUGGUAUUGGUGUUGCUACCUUGAGUUUAGCACUGAUGGUGCGACUUUUUGUCACGUUUUUAUUGAUGUGUUUUGCUGGUUUUAAUUUUAAGGAAAAAUUAUUUAUUGCUUUAGCAUGGAUGCCCAAAGCUACAGUUCAGGCUGUAUUGGGCCCUCUGGCUCUGGAAACAGCAAGAAACAGCGCACACCAUUUGGAAGGGUACGCACAGGAGGUGAUGACAUUAGCAUUUUUAGCCAUUUUAAUCACAGCUCCAAAUGGUGCUUUACUUAUUGGUUUACUGGGGCCCAAAAUGCUUGCAUCCUGUGAUCCAAAACACUACAAAAAGUCUGUUGAUACUAUAUUAAUACAUCAUUAA